AUGAGUGACGGGUCGAGUACCGUGCUUAAUACACCGUUGCGACAACCACGAAUCCUAGCUCAGAUUCGAGAACGAGAUGAGUGUGAAAGAGAGGAGAGGGCUAGGUACCAGGAAAGCAAUAUUCCCGAUACUGCCCAAUGGGGUCAAUACGUACAUUCUGGAGGGUCGAAUUUAAGUCUGCCGGCUAUACCGUCGCAAUGUCUUCUACCAUCCGAGACCGGGUCCGUCACUUCUGGUUGUGGAUCUUCAUACUUGAAACCUUUUGGUGGACUGGGAUUGAGGGCUCUCAGCCAUAUACCUACUCCAUCUGCUGUUGCGAGAGGACAGCCUGUUGGGUCAGGUGUUCCACUAAACGAGGCUGAGAGGCCGGUGCAGAUUUACGAAGAUGCUCAUGGCAAUGGAUACCAGAGUUUGACAGAUGUCGCUACUCCUAGCGCGAGGACAUCGCAAGAUCCAGCUGAGGAUCUUGGUCAGAAUAUUGCCAGUGUUCAAGAGGCUCUCAACAGGUAUGCGGAAGGUAGAGCUCAAACCGACAUCGCCUUACGUCCCGUCUCGAAAGGAGAGAGCGUCCACAUCAAGCAAUCUGGUUCCGGACCUCGGGUCGAAACACUUGUCCCUCAUAAUCCUGACGACGAGAAUCUACUUCCCAGAAUCAAACAUGUGAUGGGACAACUGAUGGAUUAUCCAAACAAGAUCCAGAACCAUGAACAUCGUCUCGAACAAAUGGAAAAUGCUUCAUUCUCGAACGCCCAUAUUGAUGAUCUUCGAGAUGACGUUGAGAAGGUGGAUGGGAGAGUGGAUGACCUGGAAGAGAGGGUUCAUGAUCUAGACCGUCAGAUGGCUUCCAUUAAUGAUGGGAGUGUUUGUGGCCGACAACAUGUUUCGUCUUUCGACUGUAAGGAGUCAGUCACAUCGUCGGCUAUGAUUGCUUCUGCUAUUGAUAGAGUCGAUGCUUCUCGUGUCGAGGCUUUGGAAGCUCAAGUUGCGGAGUUGCAAGCAUCAGCUGGUCCUUCUCAUUCCAGGCCUUGGGAAGUGGAGGUUGUGUUCUUGCCUUUCGGAUCACGACUUAUGGGUGUCUGGUCAUCACAGCAUGGCAUGAGUGAGAGAACAAGAUUAGGCAGUACCAUGACGGAUGAAUGGACUCAGACUCAGCAUUCUCUGGCUGCAGCGCAAAAAGUUCUUGCAGCUCACGACCAAAGUUCUGCUUGGGAGAGAUCAGCUACGGACUUUGGUGCCGAGGAAGAGAAUCAGUGGCUUAUGGCUCGAGCUUGUGGUCUUCGCAGCAGAGUUGAUGAACGACUCCGAAGCAGAGGUCUUGUCAAGCUCGUCCAAGUCUGCGGUAACGAAGCCCGGGACGUCCAAGCUGCCUUCCUGAAAGCAUUUGGUGACCUGCCAGACAUUCUCGCAGAAGAUCCAUAUACACCCCAUGACGAAAAUUCCAGCUCGGUACCAAAAGCUCUCAAAGCUUAUCUCUCCCUCUCAAGCCCCUGGAUUCCCUUACGAAAGGUCCAUAAGAACUCCUGCCUCCGCUUUCUCACCCCAUCUGAAAUGGUCACCCCGGCCCUCUGGACCGUCUCCUUCCUCUCCUCCAGCGUCGCCAUGCGACACACCAAAGUCCGCCGCCUCUAUGUCACCCACCGAGAUAGUUAUAUUCAACAUCUCAACCGCGAUCCUACGGACUGGACCUGGCAAAAGCUGCACCCCUUCCGCGCCCGCCCCACGCGAACAACCUCCCUACCCCACGUCCCCAUCAAAGCCCCUCCCCCCACCAACAAACGCCGCAUCACCUCCUUCGACCGCGACGACCUCCCACCACAAAUCCCAUCCUCGCCCUCCCUCCAGCUAAAACGCAGACGCACCCGCAGUCCCCGCUUCUCUGCUGGUCCGCCGAGUCCGUAUACCUUUAUCGAGGACAUAGGGCUGAAAGGCGCAGGAGGGAAAGAGCGCGGCAUGACGCCCUUUGCGUAUGCGACGCCGCAUAGUAAUGCGCCGCCGUAUGUGGAGCGAAGUGGCAGCGGGCCGCCGAUCAGCGUUUAUGAGGACGAGAGUGUGGCUGGGAAUGAGAAUUUUGGCGGGGAAGAAGAGGAGGAGGAGGAGGAGGAUGAGGUCAGAGCGGAGUUCGAGGCGGGGAUGCGGUAUUAUGAUGAUGAGGAAGGAGGGAGUAUAGAUCUCGAUCAGGAGUUGCAGGAGAGGCAGGUUGAUGAGCUGGAGUGGGAGGGUGUAGAGGAGUCGCCGGGGUUGGCGAUCGGGAGCGUGGUUGUUGAUGGGGAGGUGGAGAUGGAGGUUUUUGAGGAUAGUGAUAGUGUGGAUAGUGUGCCUUCCGAGUAUCCUAGUACGCAGCAGCAACGCGAAAAUGGCGCGUUUAGGAUUCAUGUUGAUGAUGAUGAGGAAGAAGAUGGGGAUGAUGAGUUGGUUUAG